UCUCCCUUUGCUAUUGUGUGACUACACUGACAACAUAUGCGCAAGUUAUUUGUCUGCAUUCACAGCAUAUCCUCCGUACGGCUACACACAGUCCGUGUCGAUAGACAUGACGUAAAUGAUUGUGGCCAUGACGACGGUAUGUAUCUGUUGUCCAGUUGUAAACGGCUGUAAAGGAGUAAAUGGAAUUUUAACUAAACGAUCAUUGAUCAUUGCAUGAUCACAAAUAAUACUUCGACUUCCUGUCUGAUCAACCAAUUGGUGACAUCGGUAGUGCACGUGGUACAUUUCCAGGAAAAGGGGCGUUUCUCGGAACUGGUGUAAGGUGAUUUGUCCACCUUAGAAUAUUUUGAUUUCCAGAACUCACUGGAUUCAAGAGCACCAGCAAAUUAGAGACAAAACUCUGAAAGAGUUCACCCUUACUUACAACAUAAAAUGGCCGAGGAUCGUUUGAAAGAAGCGAAAACGUUUUUCACGGAGGGGAAUAAGACCUCGGACGCCGUCAUACAGGUGGAAGACCACGAGCUUCACGUGGACCUGGUCAUAAUCUCUCUGAUGACCUCGACACUGGCCAGUGAAUUCCAGCCACGCCCAGACCCAAACUCUCCUCCAGGCGAAACCAACAAAGCUGUGGCCAAGUUGGUGGGACCAGUUGACCACAUCGUGGACAUGCUGACCUCCAUCUACCCCAACUUCAGGAACGUCAACGUUGUUAAUAAAGACAACGUGGAGUACCUGCUUCCAUUGGCUGCGAAGUACAAGCUGUUGUAUUUGCAACAGGCAUGUGAAACCAUUAUUGUAGAAGCGGUGCCCCAGCUGAGUUAUUCAUCUCAACAGUCAACAAUAACGAAUGAAAACUACAACCAAUCAGAGAAUAAGGAACGUUUAAUGAGAUAUUUCGUGUUGGCAGAUAAACAUAAACUAGUCGAAGUGAGAAAAAUGUGUAUGGAUAAGUUAGUAAAAUGCCUGUAUAGCGAAAAGUGGUGUUCAUAUAACUAUGUCGAAAAUGUCGAAUGUAAUGUGAAACCAACACGAAGCACUGAGGCUUUCCAGCAGCUCGACCCUUCUACAAGAUGGGAAAUACUGCGAAACAGACUGUUUUACGUGGAAGGUAACUUCUAAUUUUCUCUGUUCACGUGCUGCCACGAGUGUCUCCCGUGUGGCAUAAGCUCCCAACAGUGAUACAUCUCAGUUGCAGUCAGCGAAACUUUCCCCUUUAGUGCAUUACUCGCUGCAGUGGAGUUUAUGUGAAUGUGACGCGAUAAAAAUAAUGAUGUGAACAUAUUCGUGUACGCAAGUUGAAAUGACUACGUUUGGUUUAGUUAGUGGUGAAACUCUCUUUCCCGUCUGAACAGACUGUGGAAGCGGAACUUUUCAUUGUGCUCAUUCAACUUGUGACAUUAUAUGAAUUAUUUUAUAUAUUUAUCCACACGCACGCACGCACGCACGCACGCACAUAUACACGAUUUAAUGUUAGUUAUGGUAUAUUUUCCAGCUUGUUGAUUCAGUAAUGUCCAUGACAUUCGUAUUAUCAUUUUGUGGGAGUGGAACUUUUCAUUGUGCUUAUUUUUGUGCUUGUGACAUAUUUAUUUUUUAGUGCGUGCAUAUAUAUGUACAUAAUUUAAUAUUAGUUAUGGUUUCUUUUCUAGCUUGUUAAUUCUUGAAAGAAUGUCCAUGGCAUGUUCAAAUAAAAACUCUAACUAUCCA